AUGACUCGCGAUGCCAUCGCGCAGGAUACGUUAAAUAUGGCUACAAUCGAACAAGUGUCGCGCCCGACACCUUCCCCCGUGAACACAGCAUGGAGUAAGAAGGACUCCCCUUCGCCCCCCCAAAGCGCAAUGGAAUACAAAAGACCUGGGUUUACGCCUAGGCGUGGACGUCGCGAGUGCCGCGGCCGCCGGCGCGCUGACUUAGCAAUCAUCGAAAAAGCCUCAAAAGGCUUCCCAAUUCAAAACACAAUCAAAUCCUGCUUAAAAUCAAUGAUUGCAAAGCCUUCCUCCUUCUUCCUGGGCACCCCUUUCCUCCUCAUAUAUACCCUCUACAGCUCAACCUACCUAACCGCCAACGCCAUCGACACUAUAACCUCCACAUACCGGAACCAACCUUACGACACCGUCACACCGGGCCCGGCUAAAUUUAUUUCCACAACAACCGUGAACAUGGCCAUCUGCGUCUACAAAGAUGCGCGCUUUGCGAAGAUUUUCGGCGCGCAGCAGCAGCCACAGUCACAGCCGCAACAACCACAACAACAAAUGCAAAGAUAUCCAUUCCCAAAAUCAACACAACAUACAUCCCUCCGCCCUCCACCUCCACCUCCACCUCAACCCGCAGCAGCAGGACCGAAAAUACCCUUAACAAGCUUCACCCUCUUCUGCCUCCGCGACAGCGUAACGAUCUUUGCCUCAUUUAACGUCCCCCCACUCAUCGCGCCCACGAUCCCGGAUUUCAUCGCAUCAACGCCCGCAAUGAAAGCCGCCGUCGCGCAAUUCGCGUGUCCCGCUCUGAUGCAGUUCUUCAGUACGCCGAUGCACUUGCUCGGUCUAGAUCUAUAUAAUCGUCAACCGGUUGGCGGGCUCAGUGCCGGGGAUCGCAUUGCGAGGAUUCGAAGGGAUUAUGUCCCUUCGUGCUUUGCGCGUAUGGGAAAGAUCGUUCCUGCUUAUGGUGUUGGUGGUGUUGUUAAUGUUAGACUUCGGGCUGUGCUUAUGGGCAGGCUUGAGGAGGCGGAGAAAAUUUAA